GCAAGAGCAUCCAUUCUUCCUCCCAUAGGCGCUCCGGAGAGAUUGAAGAAAAAGAGAUGCAAGAGACGCCAAGUGAGAGUUUGGUGCAACUUUGAUGAAGACAGGAGCACGGAGCGCUGUCACACACAGGGACUGUCCUCCUUAUUUAGACUGGUAGGCUACCGAGCAUCACUGCGGACAGCAUCACCACAUCUCCAUCAUUUGGCUUGGAUCGUAUAAGAGGAGAGAAGAAUUCGGUUUAACUCUCGCAAAGGAAUCACAAAAUCGCGUUAAUAAGGUUGGGUUUUUGUGACUGCUGAAAAGCCAUGACCCUGAACGCCUCUGACCUGGGCUGGGAUGAGUCCUCAGGUGCAGACCCCUUCUUCCCUCUGGAUCGACUGGAUAGCUCACCUCCGUAUGAAGUCCCGCCCCUCACAGUGUGGGGUGUGGCCCUGUGUGUUUCAGGAACUCUCAUUGCCACUGAAAAUGCAAUAGUUGUCACCACCAUCCUGGCCACCCCGUCUCUUCGUGCCCCUGUUUUUCUGCUGCUGGCUAGCCUCGGAUUGGCCGAUCUCCUGGCGGGUGUUGCUUUGAUUUUGCACUUCCUCUUCCUGUUCUGCGUUGAGCCAAGUGAUUGGUCAGAAUUGCUGACCUCAGGACUGCUGGUGACAUCACUGAUUGCCUCGCUCUGUAGCCUGAUGGGUGUUGCUUUGGACCGAUACCUGUCUUUAAGCCACGCCCUCACCUAUGGUUCAAGCGAAUCACGUUACAGAGCCGCCAUCCUUCUGCUGCUGGUCUGGUUGGGUGCGUGUGUCAUUGGUGCGGGACCUGCAAUGGGAUGGCACUGUCUGGGAGAGCCAAACUCCUGUUCUGUAGCACGCCCUCUGACCCGGACAUACCUAUCGCUGCUGUGUGGCGGCUUCCUGUUGGUUGUCAUGGUAACCCUACAAUUGUACGCUGGGAUCUGCCGUGUGGCGAGGCGGCAUGCCCACGCCAUCGCUACCCAGAGGCACUUCCUCUCUACCAACCAAUCAUAUGCAAGCAAACACAGCAGUGGAAGGGGCUUCUCUCGGUUGAUCCUGGUCCUCAGUGUGUUUGUGGGCUGCUGGAUGCCUUUCUCCCUCUGGGGGCUGCUAGGAGACGCGUCCAGCCCUCCUCUGUACACCUACGCCACCUUGGUGCCAGCAGCAGGCAGCUCGCUGCUGAACCCAAUACUCUACAGUCUGAGAAACAAAGACAUUCGCAAGGUGCUGCUCCAGGCCUGCUGCCCGCACAGAUGCGCACACAACGCACACAUACACUACCCUGUUGAUGUGUAGACUGCCAAACCUCACCAGACUCAAACCACCACACAAUCUAUGCCAGACAUAUCACUGUUUGUGUGCCAAUACACACAUAGCUGCAUUGACUAUCAUCCAGAUCCAGAACAUGAAGUCUCUUAAAAACACAAACUCCCACACACACAAGAAGCACUUCUCCAAGAGAUGAAGUCCCUCUGCAAAUCAGAAUGUUCCUGGACUGUCCUGGCUGCCGGCCAUUUUGGGAGUACUAACUAAACGUACUGUCUUGUGUGUUCUUUGUGCCUCAUCGUCAGUCAAUUGUAGCUCCACUGGAUCACCAGACUAAAACAAUCACAGGGGUGCCAUUUAUGCCCCACUCAUAGAAAGUGGAUUUAAUCACCAAUGGCACUUUAAGGUGAGAGGAAUAGAUGGGGUAAAUGUAAGCUUGUCACAGUGUAAUGUGAUCCAAAGUCCUAACAUUAUUAACUUGUCUAGAAAACACAAUGUUCUAGAUCUUUGAGAUUCUAUUUUGCACAUGCUGUUACAGGCACUUUGAAAAGGUACUGACCAUAUGUUCGUGUUGCACAGCCUUUUUUGAAAUGAAUAUUUUAUACCGAUGAAUAAUAAAUACUUUUUUUCUACUGGGCGACGUCA